GUUGCCUUUUUUUCCCGCCUCAGCUUCCUUGCAGAGCGCCGGCGGUUCGGGUCGCCGGCCGGCACUUGUGCUCCCAGCCUCAGCCCCCAGUAAACGCUGCCGCAUUUUUCUCAGCUUCAUGCAGUUUCUGUUUGCGCUGAAAGCCAAAGAGCCCUGCGGUCGGGAACGGAUUCUGGGGACCACGCAGGGACCCCGAGAGAGCCCCGGUGAGUCCCGGAGGACCCAGAGCCGGCAGACAGCGGAUGGAGUCCCUCCGACCCUUGGUACUGGUGAGCGGCCUGGAGCUCUAGUUCGGCGUCUGGGCGGCGCUCAGUUCAGCAAAAGAAAGAAGCCUGAGACCCUGAGCCAGAGCAGCCCCUCAGGGCCAUCUCCACAAUCAUGGAAAGCCCGGAGCCGCCGCCUCACCUGUGGCUUCUGAGUAAGGAUCGAAGUAAAGCUCUGCGGACCAGCAGCGGGGUGAGAACUCGGAUCCUGCUCCAGACUGACCGGAUCCGAAUCUGCUAUUUAGAAAACCCUCCAGGGAAGCAGAGGCUCAGGCGGAAGUUCUGACACCGGAGGCCACCAGCAACGUGCUGCCCCAGGAGGGCUGGAGAUGGCGGUUUCCCCGAAGUCCUGCCUCCACAGUUCUCUGCUCAUCCUCGCUUUCCUCCCGCUGUCCAAGCCGGACUCAGCCCGGUUCGACGUGAUCGGGCCGCCGGAGCCCAUCGUGGCCGCGGUGGGUGACGACGUUGAGCUGCCCUGCCACCUGUCCCCGAACAUGAGCGCCGAGCGCAUGGAGCUGCGGUGGUUCCGCGGGAAGGUGGCGGCCGCGGUGCUGGUGCGCCGGGACGGGCGCGAGCAGGACGGGGAGCAGGUGGCCGAGUACCGCGGCAGAGCCACGCUCGUGGACCGCGACAUCGCGGCGGGGCGUGUCGCCGUGAGGAUCCACCCGGUCAGGGCCUCGGACGACGGCGAGUACCGAUGCUUUUUCCGGCAGGACGGAAGCUACGAGGAGGCCAGCGUGCACCUGAAGGUGGCCGCUCUAGGCUCUGAUCCUCACAUCCAUAUGGAAGUUCGAGAAAAUGGAGAGGUCCGGCUGGAGUGUAUCUCAGUAGGAUGGUACCCAGAGCCGCAUGUCCAGUGGAGGACGUCUGGGGGAGAGCAGUUUCUAUCCACCUCAGAGUCUAGGAAUCCUGAUGAAGAAGGCCUGUUCACUGUAGCAGCUUCGGUGAUCAUCAGAGACCCCUCCAUGAAGAAUAUAUCCUGUUCUAUACAGAACCUCCUUCUUGGCCAGGAGAAGAAAGUAGACAUUUCCAUACCAGCUCCCUUCCUCCCAAGGUUGACUCCCUGGAUGGUGGCGGUGGCUGUCAUCUUGAUGGUCCUAGGAUUUCUGACAAUUGGGUCCAUAGUUUGCACUUGGAGACUCUACAAGGAAAGAUCCAGACAAAGAAAGGACGAAUUCGGCUCUAAGGAGAAACUCCUGGAAGAGCUCAGAUGGAAAAAGGCUACGGUGCACGCAGUGGAUGUGACUCUGGAUCCAGACACCGCCCACCCCCACCUCUUUUUGUAUGAGGAUUCCAGAUCUGUCCGGCUGGAAGAUUCACGUCAGGAGCUGCCUGAGAAACCAGAGAGAUUUGACUCGUGGCCUUGCGUGUUGGGUCGUGAGACCUUCACGUCGGGGCAACACUUCUGGGAGGUGGAGGUGGGAGACAGGGCUGACUGGGCAGUCGGGGUGUGCAGGGAGAAUGUGGUGAAGAAAGGGUUUGACCCCAUGACUCCAGAGAAUGGGUUCUGGGCUGUGGAGUUGUAUGGGAAUGGGUACUGGGCCCUCACCCCGCUGCGGACCCCUCUCCCCCUGGCAGGGCCCCCCCGUCGGGUUGGGAUUUUCCUGGACUAUGAAUCAGGUGAUGUCUCCUUCUACAAUAUGACCGAUGGGUCCCAUAUCUAUACUUUCUCCAAUGCCUCCUUCUCUGGCCCCCUCCGGCCUUUCUUCUGCCUGUGGUCCUGUGGCAAAAAGCCCCUGACCAUCUGCCCGGUCACUGAUGGGCCUGAGAGAGUCACCAUAGUUGCUGAUGCCAAGGCCUUCACUAAGGAGAUCCCACUGUCCCCCAUUGGGGAGGACUCGGCCUCUGGGGAUACCCUCCAUUCUAAACUAAUCCCCACCCAGCCCAGCCAAAGGGCACCUUAAGGAAUAUCCCAGCCCAACUGCUUUCUUUUGUCCUAAGCCCUCCCCUCUGUCCCCCCUGACACACCAGCUGCCAGGUCUACCCAGGCCCUGUUUCUCCCUGUUGGGUAGGAAUCAGUUGGUCUUGGGGAGGUAGUGUUGUUGCUGCUAGAGAGUGUGGGGUCUAGGGCCUUCCUCCUCUGUUUCUGUGCUGAUACUUGGGGCAGGAAGGUGACUCCGAAGCUGCUUCUAGCAUUCUCCUAUUCCCAGAGACCAAAUCCUAUAGGGAGAGAGAACUCAGCGAUCAAGAUGGGGUUAGACUGGCAUGGGCUUAUGACAGAAACAUCUGAGUCUCCAGAAUAGGGAUGUGUAGAGGAACAGGUUUUAGGCAAGCAGGGGACUCAAAAGGUUCUGGGAAGAUAAGAUUCAAGGCUGAAAUCCCAUAAAAGAACUUGGAGGGACAUCACAAUGGAGGACUGUGAGGGGAACCCAGGCCAAUGAUGAACACCUGGCUGGCUUCUAGACUUUCUGGGCCUAUAUGUCCAGCUGUCAAAGACACGUCCUGGAGAGUAGAGGAAACUGGCCCUACUAGUGUGGGAUCUAAGCCAUUGGCUCGGGGGCCUGGGAGGGGAUGAAAUGAUCAAGGCUGGGGACCAGACUGAAACUCUGAUCCAGGAGAAAACUUCAGAUGAAACCCAGUCUGGGUGGCUGGACUUGCCCCUGCUCCUGUUGUCCUGCCUGCCUCAGCCGGCCUGUUUCCCCCUGACCCCAGGGGUCCUUCCAACCUCACUCCACAGACCCCACACAAGUUUCCAGCUCUCUUCCUCUUUUGAUAUAGAAUCUCUCCAUCCCAGAGCCUUUCCAGGACCCUUCUCAGUGACAUCACCUCUUUAUCCACUAGGGUCGGGCCUCGGGGCCUCUCAGCCCUCCACCCUGCCUCUGGGUUAAACCCACAAAUGCACCUUCAGUUCACUCCCCCCACCAGCCUUCACUCCCCCCGCCCUUCAUCUCCAGGUCUGCAUGUCCCCAGGUCUGCUCCUCCCCAGGCCCCAGACGCUGUAUCCAUCCCUGGGUGGGCCCAGCUAGGCUAGGCACUCCCGCUCAGUCUGCAUUUUCCUGGCUACACGUGGCUCGUCAUGCCCACGGACUGCAGAUUUUUCCGGGCUCACACCUUCCAUUUCCAGAAUUUAUUUUCCAGUUUCCAGAGUAGAUGUUGCCCACUGUCUUAAGCUAAUAAAUAAGUAUGUUGAUUGCUGAA